GAGCAAGGCAACAUAGCGCUGAAGGAGGGGCAGGAGCAGGGGCGCAAGGGGCAGCGCAAGCAGCAGCGACAAGCGUACCUCAAGGCCGUGGACCUUUACUCGCAGGCGCUCUCCGUGCGCGACGCGCACCCCCACGCGGACAUCCCCGCCUCCGCGGUGGCGGUGCUGCGCGGCAACCGCGCGCAGGCGCACCUGCUGCUGGGGAACCACGGCCACGCGCUCGCGGACGCCGCCGAGUCCAGCCGCCUCGACGCCACCAACGCCAAGGCGCCCUUCAGAGCGGCAAAGGCGUGCCUGGCGUUGAAGCGCUAUGCAGAAGCCAUCACGUGGUGCGACGCUGCUCUAGCGCUGCCCUGUGCUGCCCCAGCAGACCUGCUCAAGCUGCGCGGCGAAGCAGAGAGCAAGCUGGCCGUGCUGCAGGCUGCGGCAGCGCGCAGCACCGCCAUCCGCAGCAAGGCGGAGCGCCUGGCGGCGUGCAUCACGCAGCGUGGCGUGCGCAUGGGGCGCGCCGCGUACAAGGCGCUCAGCGGCGCGCGCAAGCCGUGGGUGGACGAGACAGGGACGGUGCACUGGCCGGUAGUGGUGGUAUACCCUGAAGUCAUGGGCAGCGAUUUGAUCGAGGACGCGUGUGAGACGGACACGCUGGGAGCGCACGUGCGGGAGAUGUUUGGUGCGCACACACCGCCACUGGAGUGGGACACAGCGGGGGCGUACAGCGCAGACGCCGUGCAGCUCUUCCUGCGCACCAGCGCCGUGCCUGCUGUUGCCAGCGCUGCCCUGCCACGCGCCCUGCUGGAGGACGCUGCAGGGCUGACGGACGAGGAUAACCAUGCCAUGGCGGGUGCGGGAGAGGACGAUGGGGAUGACGGGCCUGAUUGGUCGGCAUCUGGCGAGCAGCAGUGGGUGCAAGUGCCUCUCGACCAGCCCCUCGCCAAAGUGCUCACACUACCCAAUCAUAUCGUUCCAGGUGUCCCUG